GCUCACUAUAUCUUGCACUGUUCAUAUAACGAAUAUUUAUUUUAACGCGACAUUUUUCAACAUUUGAAAGUGAGGAGGGCAUGUAGUAUCGAUUUCGCCCUUAUCGAAUGCGGAUGAUCUAUUUUGUUGCAUUGUAUCUCUCACCCUUUGCUCUCCAUAUUGUGCAACAUUUACUUGUCCCAUAACUUCGCAGCGAAGGUCUGAAGAGCCAUGGAAAUCUCUUUCGCAGGCAAGCGGGCCAUAGUCACGGGGGCAGGAAAAGGCAUCGGCCGGGCCACGGCGCUUGCUCUGGCGCGCUGCGGGGCAGAGGUCGUGGCAGUCACACGUACGCGGGCUGACCUGGACAGCCUUCUGCUGGAGUGUCCGUCCAUCAAGCCGGUGUGUGUGAACCUCGGCGACUGGGGGGCCACAGAGGAGGCGCUACGGGAGGCCGGCGGUAAUGUGGAUCUGCUGGUGAAUAACGCAGCCUAUGCCACGCUGCAGCCUUUCCUAGAGGUCACCCCCGACCAGUUUGACAUAUCCUUUAACAUCAACGUGAAGGCUGUCCUCCAUGUCUCUCAGAUUGUGGCUCGGGGUAUGAAGGCCAGAGGAACAGGAGGCUCCAUAGUGAACAUCUCCAGCCAGGCGUCUCAGUGUGCCCUCCAAGACCACACCGUCUACUGUGCCACUAAAGGUGCUCUGGACAUGCUGACUAAGGUUAUGGCCCUGGAGCUUGGACCCUAUCAGAUCCGUGUGAACAGUGUGAACCCCACAGUCGUGAUGACUAAGAUGGGGAGACUGGCAUGGAAUGACCCUAGCAAGGCCAAGACCAUGACCUCACGCAUCCCUCUGGGACGAUUCGCAGAGGUGGAGGAUGUGGUGAACUCUAUCCUAUUCCUGCUCAGCGAUAAGAGUUCUAUGACCAACGGUGUAACCCUGCCUGUGGACGGGGGCUUCCUGGCCUGCUAACCUCUCACCUUCUCAUUCUGCCUUCUGAUUGGCUGGCGUAGUCAUUUUCCAUGGUGUCCACUUGUACCCAUUUAAUUCCUCUUCAAGCACUGAUUAUAUUCGGACUUGAUUUUGUUUUAUGUUACUGAUUACAUGUGUCACCCAGAACAAUAGAAUGAGUCUUUUGGGGCGGCAGCGUAGCCUAGUGGUUAGAGUGUUGGACUAGUAACUGGAAGGUUGCGAGUUCAAACCCCCGAGCUGACAAGGUACAAAUCUGUUGUUCUGCCCCUGAACAGGCAGUUAACCCAUUGUUCCCAGGCCGUCAUCAAAAUAAGAAUAUGUCCUUAACUGACUUGCCUGGUUAAAUAAAGGUAAAAUAAAAUAAAAUAAAUGAGCUGCCCUGUUUGUUGUAACCGUAAGCAAUUGUUUAUUUUUUGCAGAUUGUGGGUGUGUGUUAGAUUAUAGAGAGAACUGCUGGAUGAGACUAUUGUAAUAUACAGUCGUGACCAAAUGUUUUUGAGAAUGACACAAAUAUAAAUUUUCACAAAGUC